CGUAUUUCUCUGACAGAACAGUGAUUGUCUUUCUUACACGAACAUUCAGCCCUUUUCCGAGUUUACCGUAAGCUUUGUACGCCAGGCCUCACUCAACCUCCGUUUUUAUUCUAAUCUUAACUUAAGUAAUUUGUUCAAGUUCACACUUUAGUUAUGAAUCAACUGUACAUUGGGAAUUUACCGGUUGAAGCUAACGAAGAGUCUUUACGGGAAUUAUUUCACGAACGAUCGAGAGUUGUUCCAAAAAGUGUUCUUGUGAAGAAAGGCGGUUAUGCCUUCGUUGAAUGUCCCGAUGAACAGGCCGCAGAGAAAGCUAUUAAAGUUUUAAAUGGUUUCAAGUUCAUGGACUCCGAGUUGUUAGUAGAGCCAUCAGUUCCUCAAGGCCGGAG